GUGUGCGAGUGCGCGUGUGAGUGAGCUUUCGUGUAAGAUACAUGCGUACGUGUAUAAUUUCUUUGGGUAUUUCUUCAGAAACAUCAUUACUUUUAUUAAUGAGAGGAGGCUCGACUGAGAAAAUAUGUCACCCACAAGUGCACAACCCUAUUAUCCUCCUCCUCUACAGCCCGCUAUAAGAACAAAACCUCUCCAUUAUAUACCAUCACUUUUAUUAAUGAGAGGAGGCUCUACCAAGAAACUAUGUUGUCCAGCCACAACUCUAUUAUCUUUCCUCUCUAGCUCACUGUAAGAACAAAACCUCUCAAGCCAGGACCAGGAUGGGAGGAGGGAUUAGCAAGAAAAGGAGGUAUCUUUGCAAGCGAGAGUUUAUGUUUUUGAAAGAGAGAGUGAAGAUUCUGCAGGAGGAGAUGAAGCAGAUGGUGUAUGAGAGGGAGAAAGAGAGCAUGAGCUAUGAGAGAGACAUGAUGCUGUUCACUUUCAAGGAGGCAGAUUGGAAGCAAGAGAGGAAGAGGCUGAGAGAGGAGGUGAGGCACCUCAGGAUGGUUCUGCAGGAGAAGGAAGAUCAGAUCAGAGAAUUUAAAGAGCUGGGAAACGACUUCGACAACAGCAACAAUAACAAUCAUAAAGAGUUGGAACUGAUGGGGACUAAGCUUCUGGUUCAGAAAAUGAAGGAAGAGAGGGUAUGGAGAGAUGAGGCUGUGGAGAAAUGGAAGCAACUAUACCUUGCAAUCAAGACUGAGCUUGAUGACCUCAUUCAGAGAACUUAUGGGGAUGGCUUGUUGUGGAAAGCAGAGGAAGAUGAGAUCCAGAUUGAAAAUCUGAAGAGGGAAUUGCAAGAAAAGGAUGAAGCCAUGGAAGCCUUGAAAGCUCAAUUAGCUUCAAUGGAGUACGAGAAGAACAGGACAGAGAGAGAGUUUGACAUGCUAAGGCAGAGCUUGAGGAUCAUGAAUGGUAGCAGUAUGAUUUCAAUUCCAGUGAAAGAGAAGCUCUUCAAAAGCAAAUAUGGAAGAUGAAUUGACGUCUCUUUUAUGCACAACUGAUCAACAAUGUGGCAGAAUAUGUAUUAAUUGCUUAUUCUAUACUGAGUUAGAUUGUAUCUUGCGACCACUGGCUUUUAUUUUUCACUUUUCUUUAGAAAAUAAGAGUACGAAGAUGGUUUUACUGAAGAAGAAGGUUCAUUUUUGAGCCUAAUAAGGCAGAUGAACAAGUUGUUCAUAAGCACUGGUAAUCCGCAAGAAGAUAAUUUGUCCACUUCUUUAACUUUUUUACUCUGUUUCAUUAGCAUAGCCGAACGAAAUUUCAUUCUUACCAGAAAGUUUCUGUUGUGCU